AUGUUGAGAAAUCGGGUCGGGUCCCGGAAAAUCAACCUGGCAGACCACCCUUUUUUCGCGGGGAAGUCACAGUCGCUAGCUGGCAAGUUCGGCGCAUAUGGCUUGCAGCACGACGGAACUCAUCGCCGGCGUUGGGAAUAUCCUACCAGAGCAUCCCGUCCAGCAGCACGUCGUCUGCCACCGAGUGCUUCGAGUCCUAUGCCACUGGCUGACCAACACACUUAUUUGAACAAGAGAUUUUGGGGGAAAUGGCAACAGGUCCAUAGCAAAUUCGAGCUCCCGCCAGAGACAUUUUACCUCACUGACUUGGUCGAGUUCGAGCUGGACAUAGGUAAUUUGCUUUGUGGGCCAACGCCGCCGCCGCCGCCGCCACCGUCGACCGGAUUUAGUAAAACUCUCCCAAAAUUUCAAGCCACCGAUCGACACCGCCUGAAACACACACGCCAUGUCCUCCGAGUUCCACAUGGUUGCCACCACUUUCUCCGGUGCCACCGCCGGCUGGCCACGGCCGCCGUCUUCUCUCCUUCACCGGCCAGUCGCUAUUCUCCCGCACAAUAUCGUCCGCCGCGUCAGCUGAAAUCCGCCAUCAUCGCACGCGGCAACGGACUCCGGCAGCCUCCAACUGCAACGGCGGCGCAUCUUAAGGGUUCAGGGCCGCUUGGACGGAUGGUGAAAAUGGCAGAUCGCGUUUUUCCUUUCGAGCCCUCCGAUAUCUUGUGGCAGAAGACGGUGAAGACAAGGCUGGGUGAAGAAGAGGAUGAAAUCGACGGCGUUGGUAAGGGAGAUGGCCUCCGACACUUCAGGCGGCGGCGAUUGGGGCUACCACUGGUGAUGGGACUUGUGGUCAAGGAAAAUUUUCUUUUGGCCGAGCGGUGUAUUAGUCUGUCAGAGUUCCACACAGCAGACAUAGAAUCCUUUUGUGUUCUCUGUCGUCACGACAGGGACCACGGGAGAGCUCAGUCCAGUUAA